CCGCAUCAUGGCAGUGCCUCAGCUGGGAUAUGGAGACGUGGUCACGGCCGGCAAGGGCUCGGCUUUGACUGGUCUGCAGGCAGUGUUUGUGGAGAGGCGAGCAGCGAUGCUGGCUUCUCCCGGAGCCGCUCUCAGCCUGGGAGUUCCCCCGCCUCUCCACGCUCUCUUGGCUCGCUACCCCGGCACCUAUCCCAUUCCACAGGGAUACAGUCUUCAGCCGUAUCCCGAUCUCAGACAUCUAUCCCAUCUGGCUUCGCCCUACGACCUGAAAACCGGUUGCGUCUAUUCCCACACCAGCUUUCCUCCCGCCGGCACCCUGUAUUCUCCUUACCGGCCCAUGGCGCACGGGGAUGCGGGUCGAGCCAAGAACGCCACCCGGGAGAGCACCAGCACCCUGAAGGCCUGGCUGAACGAACACUUGAAGAAUCCAUACCCGACCAAAGGUGAAAAGAUCAUGUUGGCCAUCGUCACCAAAAUGACCCUGACUCAAGUCUCCACUUGGUUCGCCAACGCCAGGAGGCGACUGAAGAAAGAGAAUAAAAUGACUUGGGUGCCCAAAACCAAGUCGGACGAGGAGGACAGUGAAAGCGAAGAUGAAGAGGAUAAGAAAGGAGAGGAUGUGAAACAGUCCAGAAGUGCUGCCAAGCAGCCGGUCAGGGAACAAUGUAGAGAUGGCUUGGAAGCAUCUUCUCCGGGAUGUGGCGACAGAGCGCCGGCCGAGGAUAUCACAGGCUGUGACAAGGAACGGGGUCACGGUUUGAGGACAAACUUGGAGCCGAAUGAGAUGAGAAAAUCGGAAGUGGGCUCGACUGAGGAGGAAGGCGAUGCGAAGGUGGCAGUCGCCACUGGACCCAGAGAGGGAAUCGCUGCUCUCAAACCCAAGAUAUGGUCCCUGGCAGAAACUGCCACCUCCGACCACGGGAAGAGCAGUCGGGUUGGUCUGAACGGAGAGCAGCCAGUGCCUCCCGCCCCGGUCGCUCACUACCGAAUCUGGGCUGGCGCCUGUUUCACAGACUCGGGGCAGCUCGUGUUCAACAACCAUUGCAGGAGAGAGUCAAAGAGAGGACUUGUGGGCCCCGAUCAAUGAGAGGAGGUGAAUGCAAACCGGGGUGUGAACCGUGAAGGUUCUGUCGGUUGAAUAAACUCCUGGCAUUCUGCACUUUCAUCUGGCCUGACGACCUCUCACGGACGAUGCCUGUCAGUAGUGUGGACCAACACACGCCCUCAGUAGCUGUGGGUUAAUGGAAGCGGGCGGAGGCCCAAUGGAUUAAUUUAUAGCAAUUAUCGCGACUUUAGUUCAAUUCUCGAUAAUUAACACAGCAGAGUGCAACGGACUUUUCUUUAGUAAAGGCCAAGGCUUGACCAUUCUCUUCACAUUGCUAAACACAACAAGCCACAAGGCUGGACAUGACGUGCAUCUUGGUAAAAAUGUAAAUAUUAUCAAUGUCUCUGAACUCGGUACGAAAAUGUUCGGAUGGUCCUCUCGGUUUACAUAUCAAAUGGUUGCGUAAUAUGGUACAGUGCACACUAACACACGUAUCUGGAUAAACUAGCAACAGCAUACCAGAGGAAAUGCAUUUCCCACAUUCACUUGAAGGUUCAACUAUAAGGCAAUUCUACAAUGAACUGCAGAUGCUGGUUUACAAAAAAGACAAGAUACAAAGUGCUGGAGUAACCAAGUAGGUCAGGCAAGAUCUCUGGAGAAUAUGGAUAGGCGACGUUUAGAUCGCGAUCCUUCUAUCCUUCUAUCCAUAUUCUCCAGAGAUGCUGCCGAACUCCAGCACUUUGUGUAUUUUAAACUAUUCUAUAGUGUUUUACGGCAUUUUAAUAUCUCGAUGCUUUUGUGCUAAAUUCUGACAUGAAAUCCAUCCAACCAGAUUCUAAUCAAAAGAUGUCGACAUGCCAGAUAUCAUUUCAUUAUAUUAAGGCGUCUAAUUCUACAAAGGCUGUCAUUACUUAUUUUUUAGUUGUUCAGGAUGAGCGAAGGUUUUUUUUAAAGAUGGAAACUCAUCUCAAUAGCCUUUGAUCAGUGUUAAAUUACUCCAGCUUGGUCUUUAUGAAAAUGUAAGAGCCAGCACUGAAACAAUUAUAAAAAUGCCUCCUUGGAAACUAUCUCCAGCUGCGCACAUUUCUAAGACGUUUUCCCCCUGAAACACAAAAUGAACGAAUCUAAUUUUAAAAAUGAGAUGAAGUAUUAGAAGCACAAAAGUGUAUAUGAAUUCAGCCAGGAAUCCGUAUAAUUAAUAAUAUCCAAUAAAGUUACGUGUUUUGGUUUUGACCAGAAACCCCGAUUAUUUCAAUGAGACAGAAAAGUACAUUCAGGAAGUACCUCGACUCAAACCCCUAUGACAAGACAGUGAUGAGUAGCCCAGUGAUCGUUUUACCGCCCUUCACUGGAGUAACCUCACAAAUUGACAACAGCUUCUUCCCAUUUUAACUAUUUUAAGGAACAAUUGGAGCAAAUUCCGUUAGUAAUCCGUCGUUCCCCUUUUCCAGUUGACCGCGGUUAAAAAAAAGACACAUCUUAUUCCAGAUUUUAUAACCAAAUGCGGAGCUU